UUGAAAGGCAAAAGUGCACAGACCCACGAAAGUCAUAAUUGCAUCCCUGCUUGGUCUGGGCAGGCUUUUAUUCGUCUGGUCAGCCAUUUACUAUGAUGCAGUUGGCUUUUCACUGCUCUGACCUCAGUAAAGUAGUUCAUGUGAAUGUUGGUCUGAUGGACGCAUGCACCUUAUAGUCACUCUGUUCUGUCCACGGGACCAGCUGUUCAGGAGCACCACGGACGAGAGCCAGGCACAUUUGAGACUUGGAUCUAACUAAAGACCGCCGCAGAUUCUUCUGCAGCAAUGUCGGUGUUAGAAGAAAAUCGGCCAUUUGCUCAACAAUUAUCCAAUGUCUACUUUACAAUACUUUCGCUGUUCUGUUUUAAGCUUUUUGUGAAAAUCAGCCUUGCCAUCCUCAGUCAUUUCUACAUCGUGAAAGGCAACCGCAAGGAAGCAGCAAGGAUAGCAGCUGAAUUUUAUGGAGUAUCCCAAGGACAAGGUUCCUGGGCAGAUCGAUCACCACUACAUGAAGCAGCAAGUCAAGGUCGCCUUCUUGCUCUGAGAACAUUAUUAUCACAGGGUUAUAAUGUAAAUGCAGUAACCUUAGACCAUGUCACCCCAUUGCACGAAGCCUGCCUUGGAGAUCAUGUGGCAUGUGCCAGAACUCUGCUGGAAGCAGGAGCUAAUGUAAAUGCAAUCACAAUAGAUGGCGUGACUCCAUUAUUCAACGCAUGCUCCCAAGGCAGUCCGAGCUGUGCAGAGCUGCUUCUGGAGUAUGGCGCCAAAGCCCAGCUGGAGUCAUGUCUUCCGUCCCCCACACAUGAGGCUGCCAGUAAAGGUCACCAUGAAUGUCUUGACAUCCUGAUAUCCUGGGGCAUAGAUGUUGACCAAGACAUUCCUCAUUUGGGAACUCCUCUCUAUGCAGCUUGUAUGGCACAGCAAUUCCAUUGCAUCUGGAAGCUUCUCUAUGCUGGUGCUGAUGUACAGAAAGGCAAGUAUUGGGAUACUCCAUUACAUGCUGCUGCUCAACAAUCCAGUACAGAAAUUGUAAACUUACUGCUAGAAUUUGGAGCAGAUAUCAAUGCCAAAAAUACAGAGCUUCUGCGACCUGUAGAUGUAGCUACGUCUAGCAGUAUGGUGGAAAGAAUACUGCUUCAACAUGAAGCCACCCCAAGCUCUCUUUGCCAACUCUGCCGACUCUGCAUCAGACACUACAUAGGAAGUCCAAGAUUGCACCUUAUCCCACAGCUCCAGCUGCCAACAUUACUAAAGAAUUUCUUACAGUAUCGAUAAAACAGUAAAAUAAUUCUAAAUAUCUUGAAAAUCAAAAUUUUUAUUUCUUUUGCUUAAGGAAUAUUUCAUAUUAAAAUAUGCUAAAGACAGGGUAAAAGUGAGUAUCAGAUCACCCAGGGAAGCAGUAAAAUAUCAAUUUUAAUUUUAAGUGUAUUAGUUAAUACUAUUGUUUUAUAAUGUAUACUGUCUUUGGAUUAUAGCAUAUUUAUAAUACCUAUUUUUUUGUUAUUUCAAUAUAUCCUCUUGUUGACUUAGAAAAAAAGUAUCUUAUGUUUUCUUUCCGAUUGGAAAGAAAACUCUUAGUAAAGUUAUUCAUAUUAUAUUUUAAAAGGGCUAUAUUCUUCAACUAAUGGGUUUUUUAAUUUUUGCUAUUAUAAUUGGCUAACUUGUUAUUGAUAUUGACAUAAAAUAUGAGUAUGGCUUAGCAAAGAGCAUCUAAUAUGCUUUCAGAAACCAAGAUGAUGCUCAUUCAGGAAAUCCACUAUGUUGAGUGAUGUCCACUGGUCAUUAAAACGACCGCUUCAUAAAAAUAAAUUGCCUACGCCCUUACCCCCCUCAAAGUACUCACAAGUCACUUCUUUUCUCCACAGUACAUGGACCCGUUACAGAAAAGUGAUAAAAUGAAAGGUCAGAACUGCCCUUUCACCCUGAGAUAUUUAGAACAUUACACACCGGGUAAGGCAAUUUUAAGACCUCCUCCUUUUCAGGAGUAGCUCCUGAUCAUCUCUUAUCAGUGCUUUUACAUACAUAUUACUCCAGCCUUCUUCCAUUUCAGAAAUUGUCAAUAGCUAGUCAUACUUGGACUUAAGAAAAUGAACUAUAUAUCUAAUUGACAAAGAGGUCCUGGAUCAUAUUCUGAGGAUCAUCAAAUCAUUCUGCAGAUAUUAAAAUAAUGCAAGAUAAAAAA